AUGGCACCAACGCUCCCAGAUGUCACCAGCCUCGCAACCCUGCCCGAUGCAGAACUGAUGGCCAUCCUCGACCUCCUCUUCGAGCCCAGCGACGACCUGCACACCCUCGCGCUUCCAACCCUGCGCGCCAUCACCUUCGCCUCCUACCCUGAACUGGUAGACACGAUCCGCGACCAGCUUCUCGUCAUCGCGCAGAGCGUCCACGCUGAUCCCAAUGCCCGGAAGCCCCUCCACUCCAUCCUAGGAUCUCAUCCUCGGCUGGGCGAGAAGAAGGUGCACAGCAGCCAGAGCGCCGCCGAGCAGGCCCAGCUGCAGGCCGCCGCCGAGGAAGAGGCAGAGAAUUUGGCAGCCCUCAACAGGGAGUACGAGGCAAGAUUCCCAGGCCUGCGCUAUGUGGUUUUCGUCAACGGGCGCGGCAGGGACGUGAUUAUGGAGGACAUGCGGAGGCGCAUAGAUCGGGCUGAUCUGGUAGAGGAGGAGAAGGAGGCUAUUUCCGCGAUGGCGGACAUCGCCAAGGACAGGGCCAGCAAGCUGAACAAAGAGUCCGACGAGUCCACUGUUGGACGAUCUGCUCUCCCGGCGGAGAGCUGA